UUUCCAUGUUUAGCUUCAUGCUUCCAAGACAGACCAUGAUGAGUGAAAAAGAAUUGUCUGAUGAAGAAAAAAUAGAAUUGAUCUGCAAUUUGCUACUUCAGGCACCCCCAGGAGAAUUCCUGAAUGUUUUUGAAGAUCUUUGCGUUCUGGUUUGCAAUUACCAUCUCAUGAGGUACGAGGCUGCUCCGGUGUGUGCUAAUCACUCCAGGAACAACUUCACAGCUGUGAGCAUAAGAGGAAACCAUGCUCUAGUGACUCGCUUCAAUCAUCUUGGAGGUAAUCGCUUCUUUGAUCCACAGAUCAAGCUUUCUUUCAGGUUUGAUCACCUGACCAAAAGAGUGGAUAAACUUCUGCUUUAUCGUUGUAUCAGAAAAGAUAAUGCGGAGUUAUGGAGAGAAACGCUUAAUGUCACUUUAGAGUCCUACAUGAAGAGACAUUUCCCUUCGGGAAGCUGUUGUGUGUACCGAAAAACUCUCAAACGCAGCCCAUUCUUCGUGGUCUGCAUUGAAAGCCAUCAGUACCAGAAGUUCUGGAAUGGACUUUGGAAAUCAGAGUGGACAAUUGCUUUUGCUCCACCUAUUACACAGAUCUUGGGAAAAAUUAAUCUGCAGAUACACUAUUUCAAAAAAGCUAACCUUCACUGGACAGCAAGCAAAGUUGCCAAGGAUUCCAUCCACUUAAUUAACCGCACCCAGUUUGCCAUGGAUUUUGAGAAAUUAAUUGAAGCUGAAGAUAACAUAUUUCAGAUUGGUUUGAUGGAAAGCCUCCAGGUCUUGUCAAAUAAUAUAUGGAGAACACUACGUAGACAGCUCCCAGUCACUCGCACUGUAAUCCGCUGGGAAAAACUGCUGUCUAUUUAGAGGUGAAAUCAUCUAGAAGUGAUGUACCGUUACGCUUGCUGAAGUGGCUUGUGUGAAUGAAAUAUCGGCCAAAUAAAACAACAAUC